GCAGAAACCAGAGGGGGCUGUACUGGCAUGCCCGCCGGCUCUGCCAGCAGCCAGCUGUGCCAGAGUGAACCGAGCCGCAGGCCCAGAGGCCUGGACACCCUAAGAAGUGCAGUUUUGGUGGAAUGAGCUCUACGAAAACCAGAUUGGAAAUUAUCAAGAAUUUUAUGUUCAUCAAGAACCACUGUGAGUUGCUUGGCCACAACCUUCUCUAAAAUCUUGGCAAUAAAUGGUAGUUUUGAAAUAGGUCUCUAGCCUUCUGUGCAAUCCUGAAUUGGAUAAGUGUUUAAAAAUGGGUGGAUGGAAAUUCUCCUGUAACAGGUGUUAGGAGAGAUGAUAAUGUGUCUUGAUGCAUGUUCAAUCAUCCAGGUAAGACAACUUCAAAAGGUUGAUUCGGUUCAUCUGGAGGUAGCGUUUUCAGUGUGAGAAGUGUUUCAUCAUCAUCGAGUGACUUCUUCAGUCUCAGCUGACUGCAGGUUUCCCAAAAAACUUAUGAACAGCACAUUUGCAUGACUGAAACUAGCGCCACUAAAUGAACAGUGGGCUGUGAGGACAGUUUAUGAUCAUUAAAAUGCAAAUUCUCAUGACCAUUGAUGAACAACCACUGAUCAAUGGCCAUGAGUACCAUUCACAGAGAGUUGGGGAAUGACUGCAAUCACAGCAUUGUACGAUGGUGAAACAUCUUACAUGCGCAUUAUAUAUACAUGUGUAAACAUAAUUAUUUCAGGCAAGAGACAUGACUACAGGAUGCAGGUCAUUAAAGUAUGCCCCGCCCUCAGCGAUCACAGCAGCAUAUCAUCACAGCAGUGUGGCGACUUGGUGUUCAGCCAGUGAAACAUUGCAUGUGUUAAAGGGGAAGUGACGAAGCUUAAGGCAUUUCUCUGCUGCUCAGACUGGAGACGUGAUCAGUUGUGACCCAGACAACAUGAAGACUGCGGCUAUCUCGCUGCUUAUCGGUGUGUAUGUGCUGCUGCAGUCUGCACUGACUGUUUCUGCAGUGUCUCUGUCUGUCAGCCCAAACCUUCAGCAGUUCUUCAGUGGGACUUCUUCAGUGUCUCUGAGUUGUGUUGAUGAUGGACAGACAGUUGAUGGAUGGACAGUGAAGAGGACCAGAGGAGGACUCACUGAGGACUGUGGAGCAGCUGCAGGUUUUCGGGAGUUUAAAAGUUACUCCUGCAUCCUCUCAGACAUCUCCGAGUCAGACUCUGCAGGUUACUGGUGUGAAACCAGUUCUGGACAGAGGAGUGAUCAGAUCAACAUCACUGUAACUGAAAAACAUCUUAUCCUUGAGGUUCCUGCACUUCCUGUGAGGACAGGAAGUGAUGUCACACUGCGCUGCAGACAAAGGAAUGGUGACACAGUUCAGGGUUAUUUCUCCAUCAAAGGAAGUUCUGUUGGUCCUAAACGAGAGCACAGCAUCACUAACAUCACGCAGGCUGAUGAAGGUCUAUACUGGUGCUCUACUGAUGACGGUGGAAAGUCUCCUCAGAGCUUUCUGAGGGUCAGAGAUCCUCAUCUUCUUCAAACACCAUCUCCCUCCUCUCCCCCUGUAAACUCUCCUCUUUCUUUUACUCUUUCCAUUCACCCCCCAGCCUCCUCCCCCACUCCUCCCUCUCUCCUGGUCACAGUUGUAGCAAGUCUCGUCUCUGUGGUUCUCUUGGUUCUAGUUGUGGGUGGAGUUCUGUUCUUCUGCAGGGAAAUAAAAGGAGGUAACAACUCUACUCCCCCUGAAGAUGUGAUUUAUGCUGAUGUCAGACUCAGAAAGAUGUCCAGCACAAAAGAACAACCAGCUGUUCUGGAUCUUGUGUAUUCAUCAGUGAGAGCAGGAAAUUGAAGCCAUAUAGCCUGAUGGACCUUCUACUCUGGAUUUCUUUAACUGUUAAAUUGAUAUGAUUAUAUACGUAAUAGACAUAUGGGCUCAAAUAAAUAUUUUGCACUUGUAAAUGAAAUGAGUAGUUGUGAACUGAGUUUUGUAACCUUGUAAACCAAAAUAUGUGAAAAUUUUAUGUUUGUGCAUCUAUAGAUGAGAAUUUGUGUGUUUGUAAAAAAUAUUUACACAAGUUACAUAAGUUCAUGUUUUUUGUUAAGGUCUGAUUACAGAUACAAAGCAAAGAACUACGUGUGAAGCUCUGCACUCAGGUUCCCUUGCUGUGUGUGUCUUUCAACUUAAAAGUAUGGAUUUUGACCCGAUUUUUCUUCCUUUCAGCUGAUUGGUCAACGUCAUGCCAAUCACAAAUUUAAGAAACCAAUCAGAGAACAGAUGGGUUUGGCUGUCGGAGGAGCGCUUUGAUUUGAUUUACAAGUAAAAAAUACUUCUGACCACAAUUUGAGCCCAUAUAGAUACACUAAAUGAAUCUUCAACAGACAUUUCAACUAAGUUAGCAUGCUCAUGCUACUAUAAAUCAAAUUCAAAUUACAGUAAUAUUUUCUUGCAGUUGCAACCUU